UCAAAACAAAACAACCGGAAUCGCGGAGAGCGCGGCGUCGAUCGAUUUCAGUACCCGAAAGCAGAAGUUUUUAAAAGCAUUUUAUUCCUUAAUUAGCUCAUAAUUUGUUCUGAAAAGUGGUCUAGAGUGUGCCCGUAGGUUUUAACUUCGCACCGGAGCAGUUGGAUUCGGAAUCGCAUGAAAAAAUGGCUGGACUGGAAUCGAUGAUUGUCGAGGAUAAACAGCAGUCGCAAAAAACUGUGGACCGGGAAAAGACUUGCCCACUGCUGCUCCGGGUGUUCUGCUCGACCGGAAGGCAUCACUCGUCCAACGAGUACAACCACGGUAGUGUUCCUUCGAACGAACUGCAAAUCUACACGUGGAUGGACGCCACCCUGCGGGAACUGACGACCCUGGUGCGAGACGUCAAUCCGGAAACCCGCCGCAAGGGAACCUAUUUUGACUUUGCUAUCGUUUACCCCGAUCGUGGAUCGGUCUACCGGAUGCGCGAGAUCGGCGUAACCUGUUCCGGCCAGAAGGGAGCGGACGACACGAAGACGCUGGCCCACGCCAAGUUCACCAUCGGAGACUAUCUGGACAUUAACAUUACACCACCGAACCGCCUGCCCCCGCGGGGCGGACGACCAAGACCAUACUAGGGGCGCGGCCGGCCCGGAACUCGAUGGGCCUCCCGGCGGGAGAACCUCCCGAAGGGAUCACGUGUGACCGUUUGAAUGAAACCAUCUUUGGAACGUCUUUUCUCUUUAUUAGAAUCCUUAUGUCGUAAGUGUAAAAUAAAUACAAUCCUAAUGACGAAGAUACAGCUGAGAACGCAAUUCAAUCUGA